GCCCAAAAAGAGAAGAAAAGAAUGAAAAUACUUUCUUAUCCAGCUGUACAAGUGCUCCUAACUCAGUAUCAUACCUCCCUUACUAGAAUUGUUGCUAUCCCAGAGAAAUGUUAUAUGGCUUCUUGUCCCAUUGACUAGCCACAUUCUCCUUUCUAUUUACUUUUCUAGGUGCCUGCUUCUCUUCUCUACUCUUCAACUCUGUUUUCCCUAAAACAGAACCUGUUUUAGAAGGAGUUACUAUUGAGUGUCUCUUCCUCUGUCAUCCAAAUAUCCUGGAUUUACUGGGAAAUGUUGAGAUUCUGCACAGCACAGAAACCUGGGCUCCAGAUCCAGGACAGAAAGCCUACAAAAAGAUUGAAAAGAAAAUGUGUACACUACUUUUAAUCAAUCCAUCAGACCUAGGCCAUGAGCCUCUUGGACACAGCACAUCAUCUCUCGGACCUGCAGCCCGUCUCCCUUCCCCUCCAUAAGGACGGUUUUGGACACCCUUUGCCCACUGAAAGAAACUCCUGGCCUUCUUCCCCAGAUGAGGAUCCUGAUUUACUGUCCUUUCCUCUGCAAGAGCAUAGCCCCAGAUCCCUGGUCCCAGGGAACCUUCCCUCCCCGGCUUUGUUCCUAGAGGAAGAGGAACAGAAUGAGGACGAUGGAGACACAGCCAAGCUGGAGGGACUGUGUAGUGAGGAGCAUCCGAGCCAGUUCUUCGCAGAAGCCCAGAGGCUGCGGGAACACAGGCUCUUGUUAGACGAAGAGGUGACAGUCAGGGGGCGGGUGUAUGGUGUGCACCGGGUGAUCUUGGCCGCAGUCAGCAGCCUCUUCCGAGACAGGCUGCUGAGCGGCGUAGCGCCGCGGCUUGGCUUCAGCCUGGAUGUGGCCCCGGGGGGCUGGGAGGCCGUGCUGACCUUUGCCUACGAAGGGGUGCUGGGCCCCGCCUCAUUGGGGGAUGUGCUGGCUGCGGCUCAUGCCUUGGGGGCGCCCCGGGUAAAGGCCGCGGCACAGCGGAGAUGCGAGGAACCAGGAAACGCCAGGGAAGAAGAAAAGAAGCUCAGCCAGGCAGAGGAGCUGAGGGAGAGUCUGCGCAGCAUAGAGCUUCUGUACCGAGAGGGCGUCGGGUGUGACCUGGAGCUGGAGGCAGACGGCUACAGGUUGCGGGUGCACCGAGCAGCCCUGGCCUGUGGCAGUGAGUUCUUUGGGGCUAUGCUCCUGAGUGGGAUGAGGGAAUCCCAGGGCACAGAGGUGUCUCUGCAUACCAUCUCUAGCCAGGACCUGCGACUCCUUGUCUCUUUUGCCUACUCUGGAAUUGUUCGAGCAAGUUGGCUAGGACUGCUGAGAGCUGCCCAGGCUGCUCUGCAAUACCAAAGCUCUUCCUGCCUGGCUUUAUGUCAGAGAGCCUUGGCACGAGACCUCAGCCCUGCCCGAUGCCUGGCCCUGUUCCCCAUGGCUGAAGCCCCCGGGUUGGAGAGGCUCUGGAGCAAAGCCCGACACUACCUCCUCACCCACCUGCCUGCUGUGGCUUUGUGCCCUGCUUUCCCUUCUUUACCAGCUGCCUUCCUGGCUGAGCUCCUGGAUAGUGAUGAGCUCCAUGUCCAAGAAGAGUUUGAGGCCUUUGUGGCUGCACGGUGUUGGCUAGCUGCCAACCCUGAGACCCAGGAGUCAGAGGCCAGGGCCCUGCUGCGAUGUGUCCGCUUUGGCCGCAUGUCUACCCGAGAGCUGAGGAAGGUGCGGGCAGCUGGGCUACCCCCAACCCUGCCCCCAGACCUGCUACACCAGCUGAUGGUGGAGUCUGAGGUUCCAGGUCAAGAGAGGCGGAGGGAACCUGACCGGGCACUGGUGGUGAUUGGUGGGGACGAGCUCAGACCUGAUAUGGCCCGAAGACAGCCAUCUCGAAAAGUGUGUUGGGCCCGGGCCUUCCACUGUGGCAUGGGACUGGUACGAACUGUGGAGUGGGGGCGGCUGCCUGCCCUGCCUGCCCCAGGUCGUUUCCGGCAUGGGGCUGCAAGCGUGGCAGGAAGUGAACUCUAUGUGUGUGGGGGACAGGAUUUCUACAGCCACUCCAACACUCUGGCUUCAACUCUCAGGUGGGACCCCAGUCAAGAGGACUGGGAGGAGGUGGCACCUUUAUGCCAGGCUCGGAGUUUUUUCCCCCUGAUGGCAUUGGAUGGACAACUUUAUGCCCUGGGUGGACGAUACAAUGGUGUUGCUCUCAACUCUGUGGAAACAUAUAACCCUGAACUCAAUAUCUGGAGGCCAGCACCUGCACUUCCGGCACCCUGCUUUGCCCAUGCAGCUGCCAUCUUGGAGGGCCAGUUGUAUGUGAGUGGUGGCUGUAAUGGGACUGGUCAAUACCUGGGCUCAUUGCUGCACUACGACCCCAAACUUGAGAAACCAGGGACAUUUUUGAGCCCAAUGGGCAUACCUCGGGCUGGCCAUGUCAUGGCUGCUCUGGGAGGACGACUAUAUGUGGCAGGUGGACUGGGUGAGACUGGGGACUUGCUGAGCUUUGAGGCUUAUGAGCCAAGAACUGAUAGCUGGACUCGCCUGGCACCCCUGCCUUCCCCCCAUGUGGGUGCUGCAGGUGCUGUGCUCCAGGGGGAGCUACUGGUAUUAGGAGGCUACAGCCACCGUACCUAUGCCCUUUCCCACCUUAUCCAUGCUUAUUGUCCUGGCCUGGGCCGAUGGCUGUGCCUGGGAACUCUGCCAAGGCCUCGGGCUGAGAUGCCUGCCUGCAUCCUGACACUCCCCACGGUGCAGCACAUAGCAUUGGUUCCCACCCUGCACCAAACUAAACCUGCUGGGUGAAGAGGGAGCAGCAGUGUAUCAGGGGAGGAAGGGAUAAGGAAUAUCUUAAGGAAAGGACAGAGAUUAUGAGGAGAGACAGAGAAGGCUUUUUGAUAGUAUUUUAUUCUCAUUCAGUAUUUUACAGCUCAUAAACUGCUUUUGUACAUAUGAUCUCCACUGAGGAAAGGGUGUUGGGGAAGCCCAGGCAGCUGAAUAGUUGGGUAAAAUAGGCAACCCAGGAGUAAUUCCACAAGGCUUAGGGAUUCUUGGUAGGGGAAGUGCAUCUGGUUGGGAAGAGUUAAGAAGCUUCAGUAGACACUGCGGGUGUAGCUCAAUGGUAUAUCAUUCAUGAAGCCUCGGGUUCCAUCCCCAGCACCAAAGAAUAAAAGAAAAGAUCAAAGCCUGAUGCAGUGGCACAUACCUGUAAUCCCAGCUACUCGGGAGGCUGAGGCAGGAAAAUUGUAAGUUUGAGGCCAGUCUAUGCAACUUAACAAGACUCUGUCUCAAAAUAAAGCCAAACCAAACCAAACCAAAACAAAAGCUCCAGUAGCAAAGCAUAGGAGACAUACAUGAAGGAUAGUUAGAAAAGAAAUUCUAAUCCAUGGAUUGAGGAGAAAAUGGGGAAAGGCCAUCCAUGAGCUUAGGCGUGUGGGAGGAACUGUUCAGCUCUCCUUUUUCCUAGUACUUGCUCCUUUCUACUGCCAUUCCUGGGAUGCCUCUUCAUAAUAUUCUUUCUUAGGCAAUUUUUGUAGGCUGAGUCUAGUGUUUCCAGCCUAGAGACUAGGCUUUCCAUGAGAGUCUUUUGGUUUCCAUGAGAGACAGAAGCUCCCAUCAGAACCUGGACAGCAUAGGUGACCCAGAUGCCUGAUGACCUCUCCAGGGCAAUGAGGUGAGAGUAUUGUGUGUGUUAUGGGGAGAUAAAGAGGCCCAGGAGGAGAUGCCUACCGUGGAAAAGAGAUGUGGUCUGAAGGGAUGGGAUUAAAGAAUUUAGAGACCUAUCUGGCCUCUUUCCUUCCCUUUGGGUAAACUGAGGGGCCAGAAGCAGAAAUGGGACAGUUGUAGUGUGAAAGGGAACAGCUGAAAGAAGAGCACAAGGCAGAGAAGACGGAAAAGCCCUUUCUCCUUGUCAGUCUCUGUCCCCAGAGUUGUUUUAAGUUUAUUUCAGGCAAGGUUGAGUCAGAUGUUUUCUCUCUCCCUCCAGCCUUCUCUUCCUUGUGGACUUGUUUGUUUUUUUGCCUCUUUUUUUUCCCCCCUCACAUAGUUAUUAAUUGCCUGUUAUAGGCCAGGCACUGUGUGAAACACCAAGGAUACAUAACACAGAGAGCUCCUGAUCAGAGGACAGACUUGUAAAGCAAUACGGGUGUCAUGGUGGAUGUAGAAGUCUGAGCAAAGUCCUGUGGGAGUCCAGACCGUGAAGUGAGAACUCUGUUCAGGGAAGCUUCCAUUGAGGAAGGCAUCAUCAAAUAGGUAUAGUCUGAACUAGAAUUUUUGUUUUUUUUUUUUGUUUUUUGGCAGUAGGAACUGAAUCUAGGGGUGCUUUACCACUAAGCUCCAACCCCACAGCCCUUUUUAUUUUAUUUUAUUUUUUACUUUGAGACAGGCUCCUGCUAAUUUGCUUAGGGACUUGCUAAGUUGCCAAGACUGGCCUCAAAUUUACAAUCCUCUUCAGCCUCCCGAGUCAUUAGAGUGGCUGGGAUUACAGGUGUGCGCCAUUGUGCCCAGCCAACCUGAAUCUUGAAGGCUGUCUAGAAACUUACCAUUUGAGGAUGGGGAUGUAGCUCAGUGGUAGAAUGCUUGCCUAGCAUUCACAGGGUCCUACGUUGGAUCCCCAGCACUGCGAAGAAAUAGCAUAAAAUAAUUUAAAAAUACAGAAACUUGUCAGAGAAGGUGGAAUG